AUGCAAGUGAAAGAGAUGCACCCGCUGUGUUGUAUCUCACUGGAGAGUCCCGGAAUCGGCAACCAUUCCCCGGAACCGGAGGCUGCGGUGCUUUACCGAACGAGGAGCCUCCCAGUGGUGGGAUCUCUCGGCAAUGCGGCUCGGGGAUCGGAGACCACUGUCGCCGGUGUUCUCUACAAGUGGACUAAUUACGGCAAAGGCUGGAGAUCCCGAUGGUUCCUCCUCCGGAAUGGUGUUCUAUCUUACGCCAAGAUCCGCUGUCCGGAGAAUCUCAACCUUCUCACUCCUUUCGAUGACGUUCGGCUCAUUGGAGAAAUUUCCUCCAACCGUCUCGCACGAGUGGAUGGCUCCUCUGCCGUCACGCGACGGAAGCAUCGCAAAGCUUCUCCCUCUUCCCGUGUAGUUCAUCUCAAGUCUAGCAGCGGCAUUCAAACGAUACUUCUAUAUGAUAAUAUAGACAUAGUACAUUGGUUUCGCGGUCCAAAACCUGGCGGGCCUGCCUUGGUUUUAACACGUGGCCUGGAUGCUCAUCAACCUCUCAAUGAUCAUCUCUUGCUUGCACCCAAUGAUAUAUACGUGUCAACUGAGAGGCUUAAGUCACGUUUGCUUGAAGAGGGUACCUGUGAGAAUCUUGUAAAGGAGUGCGAACAAAUCAUGCUCUCAGAGUUCUCCGAAAUGCAAGGACAACUUGAAGUUCUUUGUCUAGAGCGAUCUAAUUUGCUUGAUACAAUAAGCCAGUUGGAGGCAGCUAAUACUGAACCUGAGGCCACUGCAUUACACGAUGGUGAAUACCAAUUAACAAAUAAUGAGUUUUCAAGUCUUGGACGUGGAAAAUAUAGUGAAUGUAGUACAACUGAAUCAUCUGAUGAUAUUGAGAAGCAAGAGAUGGAGGAAGCGUCAGAUGAAGAUGAAAUCUCAUAUUAUGAUACUAGAGAGUGUUUUACAGAGCCUGAUUGCAAGUGUGAGUCAGAAGGAGCUAUAAAUCAAGUGAAAAGUUGUUGGGAAGCCAACAGACAAUGCACUGAUACAGAGAACAUUCAUCCUGAGAAAAUGGUCUGUAAUUAUAAGCACUCUCAGAUAGCAAGACGGAAAAAGCUUCCAGAUCCGGUUGAGAAGGAGAAGGGUGUUAGUCUUUGGUCAAUGAUCAAGGACAACGUGGGAAAAGAUCUCACUAGAGUUUGUCUCCCCGUGUACUUUAAUGAGCCAAUAUCAUCCCUACAAAAAUGUUGUGAGGACUUGGAGUACUCUUAUCUUCUGGAUCAAGCUUACGAGUGCGGAAAAUCAGGAAACGGUCUACUUCGGGCACUGUAUGUUGCUGCCUUUGCAGUUUCUGGUUAUGCGUCAUCUGAAGGUCGUAAUUGUAAACCCUUUAAUCCUUUAUUAGGUGAAACCUACGAAGCUGAUUUCCCGGAGAAAGGAAUUCGCUUCUUUUCAGAAAAGGUCAGUCACCAUCCAACUCUCAUUGCCUGCCACUGCGAAGGUAGAGGAUGGAAGUUUUGGGCUGACAGCAACAUCCAUUCGAAGUUUUGGGGAAGGUCAAUUCAGCUUGACCCAGUGGGUGUUCUGACCCUAGAGUUCAAUGAUGGUGAAAUAUUUCAGUGGAGCAAGGUCACCACCACGAUCUAUAAUCUUAUCCUUGGGAAAAUAUACUGUGAUCAUCAUGGGAACAUGGAUAUACGUGGUAAUCGUAAGUAUUCAUGCAGACUCAAGUUCAAAGAGCAGACGAUCCUUGACCGAAAUCCUCGCCAAGUGCAUGGAUAUGUGGAAGAUGUAACGGGGAAAAAAGUUGCCACAUUAUUUGGCAAGUGGGAUGACAGCAUGUAUUAUAUGAGUGGAAAUGUAAAUGUGAAGCCUAAAGAUUUCAGUUCACCAAACGCUUGUUUGUUGUGGAAAAGGAGCAUGCCAUCUCCUAAUCUCACCCGGUAUAAUUUGACACCAUUUGCCAUCACUCUUAAUGAGCUUACUCCGGGACUGAAGGAGAAACUCCCGCCUACGGAUUCCCGGCUCAGACCAGAUCAACGACAUCUAGAGAAUGGAGAGUACGACAAGGCUAAUUUGGAGAAACAAAGACUCGAAAAGCGGCAGAGAAUGUCAAGGAAAAUACAAGAAAAAGGUUGGAAGCCUAGGUGGUUCCGAAGAGAAGGUGAAAAUGGAACCUUUCGAUACAUUGGUGGAUAUUGGGAAGCGAGAGAACUUGGAAGCUGGGACGGGUGCCCUGAUAUAUUUGGUGAAUUCAAUGAAGAGUCUGCCGAUCCCAUAGAGUAA